UCCCUCAUGUCCCUCAAUCAACGGCAGCAGCCGCUGCCGACGGUGGCUAAACACGGCCUACUGAUGUCUUCGCGUGCGUCUUUCAGCGCCGCCCAGCCACAAGGCAUCAUGUCUUCCUUCCUCCUCAGUCGGUCCGGCCUUCUCUCGGUCCUCGCGCUCCUCCUCUUCCUUGUCGUCUUCGUCCCAUUGCCCGGUCGUCGACCCAUGUUCGCCCUCUUCUACGACGACGGACCCGUAUCCCGAUGGAAGGACUACACGGUCGCUCGCGCUGCGGGCUUCGCCGCCCGCAACGACACCCUCAUCGUUACCUCCGUGAGCGAACCCUUUCUCCCCUUGCUUAACAACUGGCUCAUCAGCAUCGCGCGGCAGAAGCGGCAGGACCAGGUGCUUAUCUUCGCCGAGGACUACGCCACCCUCUACGAGAUCAACCGCCGGUGGCCCGGCCACGCCGUCCUGGUCCAGCCCGCUCCCGAUUCCCAAACUGCCCACGAUUACGGAUCUCAGGGGUUCUACAACUUCACAUCGCGGAGGCCUCGCCACUUGCUGCAAGUCCUGGAGCUGGGAUACAGCGUCAUGUACAACGACGUCGACAUAGUGUGGGUGGCGGAUCCAUUCCGUUACCUCGAAGGCGAUCAUGACGUAUACUUCGCCGACGACGAUGUCGCCGUGAAGCCCCUAAAUCACUCUCAUGACUUGCCGCCGCCAGGGACCAACGGCCAGACCUACGUCUGCAGCUGCAUGAUUUUCCUCCGUCCGACGAGGGGCGCCAAAAUGGCGAUGAGCAGUUGGAUCGAGAAAAUCCAAAACGAGCCCUGGUCCGAGAACACACAAAUGAACGACCAGCCUGCUUUCAAUUUUGCUCUGAACAAAACUGCAGGAGAGGUGGACUUGUACUUGUUACCUCAAGCUGCAUUCCCAUCGGGAGGGUUAUACUUCCGGAACGGGGAUUGGGUGGAGAGAACUCGAGGCCUGCACGCCAUCGUCCACAACAACUACAUCGUAGGCCUUCAAAACAAGAUACAACGUUUCAAAGAAUACGGGCUCUGGCUGGCGGAUAUCCACACCGAUGAAUCUCCACUCGGCAGGAUAUAA